GACGUCUGAACUGGUGCUUGGCAAAUGGGGCGAUGUUUACUUCAGUCGCUCGCGCGCUUUGUCUAUGCCCAGCACGUGUAGCACUAACACUUCCGCUUUGUCGUCGGGCGCUCACAGAAGAAUGUCGUCCAAGCAAAAAUGCAAUGAACCCGUUUGAUCGUAGCUUCCCGUUCGGGAGUCUCCGUGCCGUGGCGUCGAUCCUUGUUCGCGCGAUGCUCUCUAGUCUCUUCCAAGGACUUAGGUAGAUCUUCAACUGUGAACCGCAAACGUUUCUGUUCGAUGCCGAUGGAAAGCUAGCUUCGACUCGAGGCUCCUUAGUUUCUUUAUCAUAGGCUAUUAUCACCUUGUCGGCGGCGGUGAUCGUUCCAAAAUAGUAGCGUCGACCAGUAGCACACGAGGAUGGAGGCUGUAGCAUGCAACGGCAGUGCGGACGAGCCGCCGAAGAAGAUGCUCUGCUUGGGAAACGAGUGCUUGAUUUGUCGCUGCUCCUUCAUUGAACCCUACAAGGCAGCAUGUGGCCACAUUUUUUGCCAUUCCUGCAUCAAGGCAUCAUUGGAGUGCUCGCCAUCGUGUCCGACCUGCCACAGCUUCAUCGGCGACAUUGCCAGCCUGGAGUGCGGCCACACCGCCACCAGCAUGACCGCAUUGGCUGACAGCAUGGAGGCGGUGGCGACUAGCAGUACAUCUGGCCCUGCAAGCGCCAGCACUCCGCAGGCAGCAUUCACCACUGCAGCUGUCACGGCAUCAAACAGCCUGCUGGACCUGGUGCUCAACACGCCACACCUGAAGACUGAUGAAAUCCGGGAGCUUAUCAAGUAUCUCCAGGCCGAGCUGAAUGCGCGAGACACAAAGGGAAAGGUGCUGAGAGACAUGGCUGCAACGCAUUUCCUGACGCGUCUUUACAAGGAGACGAAGGAGGUAAGCAUGGAGAGUUUGAUCCAGCUGGAGGCAGUGGAGAAAGACCUUGCCAAGCUGAAGGACCUGUCCGGCAGAGAUCAAAACGUGACAUCAGCCACCAACUGCACACCGCACUCCACGAAUUUGAACUAA